UUCUUCUUCAUCUUCAUUUUUCAGGUGAAACAGAAAGAAAUGUAUAGUCUUGCGAAAAUGUUGAAUGGCUGAUCAGUGAUCUUGUUUUACAUUUUAUAAUUUCCUCUUAAAACUACGUUUCUAAUUGUUAUUUAAUUUAUCUUAUACGAGUACACAAUUAAGUGUACCUUUGUGUAUAUGUAAUUUAAUCCACUUAUCUUCCAAAAACAAGAGGAAACCCUUUGGCCCUAACCAUCUUUCCAUUUUUGCCUCAUCUUUUUGUGCUUUUUGUUUGUGAUUUUUUUACUUAUCAAUUUCUCACUUAAUUUAAAUAGAUGAUAAAAAAAUAAUCGGUUCAACUUAUACAUUAAAUCCGUUUAAAAACCAUCGGAAUAAACCCAGCAACUAGUAACCUUUUUUUGCUUCUCUCUCCUCUCUCUCUCGAACACACUUUCUCUCUCUCUCUCUCUAUCUAUCUCUCUUUCUCUCUCUCAUUCUUUCUGACUUUCCUCUGUUUUUUCCCCUUCUCCCUGUUUGUUGUUUCCAUCACACUUCCUAUUAUUCGGGUUUUCCUAUCAGAUUUGUACCGUGAGUAUCAAAAUUAACCCAAGUUUGACUCACAGCAAACAUACGCAAACAUUGUUUCAUAAACAUCAUAAACACUUCACUUACACAUCUCACCAGAAUAUUCUGGUGUUGUUCCUUCAGAUCUUCAUCAUCAUCUUCAUCAUCACCAUCUUCAUCAUCAUCGUCAUAUCAUUUACAUCAACUUAAUUAUCAUUCAUAUAAGUGAGAAAAAUAAUCAUAAGUGGAUUGAAACAAAGUCAUUGGUGAGAUCCUUCUUUGAUAACCUCUGGUCCUUACGGGAACUUUCUACUAUAUAUCCCUGCUGUUUAUCUGCUUAUUCUUUUAUCAAGCCAACAAUCAACAAUGGCCAAACCGGGUGAUACUGGACACUAUAAAUACUACUCAAAUGGUGAUAGUAAUAAAACGUUCAUACUUGUCAAACUAACUGAUUCAGCACUGAAUGCAAUCGAAAACCACCUUUCCUCUAAUUCUACAGCUUUGCCAAGUAUUUCAUUCAAAUCAGACUCCAGCAGUGGUGUUCUUAGUUUUCCUGUCUCUAAAUCAAAUUCACAUUCUGAAGGAAAUGAAAAUUCUGCAGAAUCUGGUGAGCGUCGUUUUAGUUUCAACUUAUCAAAUGUUGAGGCUGGUGGUCCUCAAGGUAGCUUUGAAUGUUUAAGGCAACCAGACUCACGGACGCUCGAAAGCCUUGGAAGUAUACAAUACAAGAUGCAGAUUCAUGCCAGUGAAGAUAGUUACGAAAGAACAAAAGAAAGGAUGGCGGAGACUCAGAAUGAAUCCAAAAAGUACUGUACAAAGGUUAUUAAGGGCAUCGGCUCAACUGUUGGUAGACGGAGCAAAGUGAAGAAGAUCUCUGGUUUUAGUCAAUCUAUCGUUAAUGGUUCCAGAGAUAGUGGUACGAGAGACUCGGGUGGAGGUGGUGGUAGCCAUCUUCAUCAUUCAAGUGCAUUAUCCAGCCAUACCCAUCACAAAUCUAGCUCACCUACAGUUAAAGGUAAUAGUGGUGUUAGUAAAUAUAAUUUAUACCAUGGAUCCACAUCUUCCACCACAGUCGCCUCUUCUUCCUCUUCUUCUGGAAAUGGUCUUACCUCAAUUACCACCUCGACAUCUUCCUCCUUGUCAACAACGUCUUCAUCAAUGUCCUCAAACAGCAUGGCCAACCAUUUAUCUUCGUCCUCAGCUAAUAGUGUAGGAAUGCCUACUUCUUCCUCAUCAACCUCACAGCCAUCAUCGACAAGUGGAUCUAACUCAUCGGUGAACCGAGAGGCCAUCAAAGGAACUAAUUCAAGCCUACCUAACAAUUGUAUAAACGCCAAUAAUAGUCGGAAUGCCAAUGGUGGUUCAAAGGUUACAUUAGCCAGCAAUCCAGAGCUUAUGAAAAGAUCCCUUCGGGAAAGGGUUAUACAUUUACUCGCAUUAAGGCCUUAUAAAAAACCGGAGCUACUUGCAAGACUAAACAAGGAAGGCAUAAAGGAGAAAGAUAAGAAGAAUUUAAGUCAAGUUUUCAAUACAAUUUCUAAGUUAAAAGAGAAUGCAUACAAUUUGGCAGCUCAUGCUUGGCAUGAGGUUCAGGUUGACGAUUGGCCUUUUUACACCCCUGAACAGAGAGAGAUAGUUCGUAAACGGAAUCCUUUAACUGUACAACAGAGAUCAUCAACGGGUAAAUAUGGAUUAUCGCCAUUAACCUGUUUGCAGGAUUCUUCACCACCAACAAGUUCCGUCUCAACGUCAUCUUCAUCAAAUAACAACAACAGUAACAAUAACAACAUCAACAACUCAUCUUUAACAAUGACAACUAAAAGGUCUGCUGAUACUGGUUCGAGUAAUAAAAGGCAACGUCUUAAUGCCAAUAAUCAAUCUUCUUCCAAAAGAGGACUUUCGCCAAAUGUCGCCUUGAAUCACAAAGAUAAUAGCACGAUGAACAACUCUAACACCAACAGCUACAACAACAAAACGGACCUACCAGAUAUAAUGAGUGAGUGGUCUAUGAAACCAAGAAGUCCUGAACCAAAUUAUUAUAGUAAUAGUGCCUCUAAUGUUGAUGAUUCAAUCAACAAUAAUGAAAAUAGUAUUGUUCCAAUGUCCAAAAGUUGGAAUAAUGAGAACGGUGGUAGUGAUGAAAAUCGUUCAAGCCAUAACAAUAGUGAUUAUUAUGUAAAUGGUCGAUCAACAGUCAAUAAUCUCUCCGAAUACGACCAAUAUGAUAAUAGUCUCGGAAAUGGCCAUUCCUCUCAUGAUGCUCAUCGCUUAACCAAUGGUUACUCCAACGCAAACUCAAGUGAAGGUAAUCACACAAGCAAUGGUCAUCAUUAUAGUAAUCGUUAUUCUAAUAACCAUCAUCAUGGUAAUUCCAAUGGUGCUUCAAAAAAUGACUACAAUGGUGAUCUGAAUUCUGGCAGUGGCAAUCAAAAUCCCGGUAACGGUGUCAAUAGAAAAAGACUAAAAAAUGGCUUUAUCAAUAACAAUAAUAAUAAUGUUAAUAACAAUCAUAAUAAUAAUAAUCAUAAUAGCAGCAGUAACAACAACAACAACAAUCAUCAUUCUCAUAACGGAGUGGCCAAUUUAUUGAAUAGCGGUUCCAUGGUAAACGGUUCUACCUGUUCGACACCUAACUCAAGUCCUGAUAGUGGAACUGGUAGUAACGACGGUAACCUAUCCACUAUUUCCUCAAAGUCUUUGUCUUCCAUCAACGGUGAAUUACCUGACUAUGCCAUAAAGUAUGUUGAGAUCAUCAAUGAUGAUCAACACAAGAGAUAUAAGGAAGAUUUUAAUCGUGAAUACAAAGAGUAUCGCCGACUUCACCAAACCAUUGAUGUGGUCGCUCAAAAAUUUUCUGCUUAUGAAGUUAAAUUAAAAAGUUUACCCGAAGGAUCUGAGGAGUGGAAUAGGACAUUGGAAGAAGUUUUCAGAGAAUACGAUACCAUAAAGAAAGACUAUAAAUUCAUGGAAUCCAAACGACGGGCUGCCUAUUUACAUGAGAAACUUACACACAUUAAGAAAUUAAUUCAAGAGUACAAGUCUUCGAAAGGACACCGUUCUACUCAUUAUUCAACUAUUUCUCAUCACCACCAUAAUCAACAAUCCAAUCAUCACUGAAUGGUAAUGCCAUUGCCUGAUUACUUCUAUGUUUAAGAGAUCUUCCCCUUUCUUUUUUUUCUUUCUUCAAAUUCUGUCUGCGAUGAAAAUACAAAAAAAACUGGAUAAAUACUAUCUCUCUCUUUCUCUUCCUGCUCUCUUUCUCUCUCCAUUGUGUGUCUCCACAAUGACCUAUGUAUUUAUUAGAGUUAUUACCUUUCUCUUUCUGAAACAUAAAAUAAUAUACAAUGCAUAUACAUUCGA